AUGGCCUCUGGAUCCGCUGCCGACAAGAAGGCAGAGAAGUCAACUUGGGCUUCUGCGGUGGAAUCAAUCAAUCCAUGGUCUGUCAGCCGAAGCUCGACGCCGACCCCCAGAGAGCCACCAGCGCCUCCUGCACCCAAACCAACAAACCAGGGAGGCGACCACAGCAUCAACCCCAUAUACGGCAUCAGUUCCAGGAGAUACCCUCCCGACUGUCCUCCGUUGAAGGUUCAGUGGUUCCAUGCUGUCGAUAUCCCGAAGCGGAAGCCACAACUGAUCAAGGGCAAGAAGAAGCCCGACGAAAAACCACCCCAACCCCCUAAGAAAUGGGUACCGUUCACCAACAAUGACACGCGAUCCAUCGAGGCUGCAUACCAGGGCGUCCUGGAGGGCACGGAAAGCGAGCGAGACCGAAGCAACUCGGGCCCAACCAGAAACUUCUCAGGGCCACGGAAGGCCUUCACUUCAGAGACGGAGGAAAGCGACGCACAGAGUGGAACCAAAGUUCCGGUUAACGAAGACUUUCUCUUCGAUGUCGACAUAGAAAAGAGAGAGCUCGCACCAGUGUACUGGCUGGGUCCUGUCUACGACGUGCGCCGUGGGAGCUGGUUCUAUCAAGAAGGCUCCACCCUUCGUCCCUGCGAGGAGAACCUCGCUGCGCAGUUAGAAGAGGGCUAUCUCAAAUGCAAACCAUGGCUCUAUCCUGCCCCAAGAAUCCGAAGCGAGUCGAAAUCGAAGAAGGGAGACGUGACCCCGAAGGCAUCUGUUGAUAACCUCAGGGCGCAGGCCGCCGCACAAGCCGAUUCGUCUCUGAAGCCGAUGGGACCACCUCCCCAGCCCCAAACACACCGGCUGUUUGGUGCCUGGAUGAGUUCCGUGGCAACAUAUCAGGAUUCUACGACAGCUUGGCUCAAUUCCGACGGCGUGCUAUCAUGGGUGACCUCGACAAUGUACGAACGCUUCGCUGGUGGGGGCUAUAUGAGUGGCGUCAAGCUCGUCCGUGGCUACACAGAGCCUGGCAAGACCAAGCCAAAGCCAGAGUCCUCAAAAGAUGAGAAGAAUCCCGAUAUAUCGACUGACAUGAAGAAUACCGAGGAACAACUUGACAAGGCACGAAAACGAAGAUCAGCGCCACCGACGACUAGGUCCGACUCUAUUGACUUCGCACGCUCGAGCGAAGAGCAGGAAGAAGCAGGCAAAACAGUGAUUGAAAGCCGAGGUGAUAGUCUCAAGCAGCAGAUUUCGUCAUUGCUUGAAAGCGAAAACCGCGAUGUCGACCAAGAGGAAGAAGCUGUCAGGAAACGAGAGGAAAAAGAAAUACAGGACGAUUAUAAUGCGCCAGCCGGGGAAACGCAGGGACGCGAAAUCGAGCAUCUUGUCCUGAUUACACAUGGCAUUGGCCAGUUGCUUGGACUGCGAAUGGAGAGUGUCAAUUUCGUCCACGAUGUCAAUACGUUGCGAAAGACGAUCAAAUCGGUCUACACCACUUCUGAGGAUCUCAGGGCGCUCAACUCAGAGAUCGGCGGAGGUCCUGGAAAUUCUCGUGUGCAAGUGCUGCCCGUGUGCUGGCGUCACUUGUUGGACUUUCCCAGAAAACGUGAAGAGAAAAAGAGCGAGCAGGACAUCGGCCUUGCGACAACUGAAGAAGACGAAUACCCUUCCCUUGACGAUAUAACGGUAGAAGGCGUGGCAUUUGCGCGAUCACUCAUCUCUGACCUGGCACUGGAUGUCCUCCUCUACCAGAGCGCUUACAGAGAGCAGAUAUCCGAGAUCGUCUUCAAGGAGGCCAACAGGAUAUACAAUCUUUUCGUUGAGAGAAAUCCUGGUUUCAAGGGAAAAGUCCACAUCAUGGGCCAUUCUCUCGGGUCUGCCAUUAUGUUUGAUAUUCUUUGUCGCCAGCAGGAACUGAAGAAAGAAUCUGAGCAGUCUAAGAACCCACUCAGAAUAUGGCCAUCUGAAACCCGGAAGCCCGCGACAAAAGAUCCGCGAGAUUUGACAUUCGACUUCGAAGUUGACGAUUUUUACUGCCUUGGCUCUCCGAUCGGACUAUUUCAGAUGCUGAAAGGACGAACGAUCGGUGCGCGCCAUCUCACGGACGGCCUACCAGCGAACAGUCCUUUUGACCCAGACCUAGUCGACGAUCCCUUCCGCACCGCAUCCCUAGGAGUCGAGCCCCACCGCAUCUCACCUGUCACGGGCUUGCCCUAUUCUGUGUCUUCACCUAAGCUGUCUCAAAUGUUCAACAUCUUCUAUCCCUCCGAUCCUAUAUCCUAUCGCAUCGAGCCCCUUAUCUCACCCGCCAUGUCGUCUCUGAAGCCCCAGAACCUGCCCUAUACCAAGAAGGGUAUCUUCGGCAAUGUGGCUCCCCAGGGUAUUUCGGGCAUCGGUGCCAAGGUUGGGCAGAGUGUCAGUGGGCUGUGGGCAAACAUCAGCGCAGGACUGGCCAACAACCUACUCAAUCGCAGCUUAGGGUUGACACCAGAGGAUGUUGCGCAAAUUACCGCCUCGCAGCAACAGCAGCAACAACAGCAGCAUCACACGCCGAGCCCGGGGGCCGGAACAAACAUCUCCACUUCGUCUGGCGUCAUCUCCCGGCAGGACUCAACGACAAGUCUCAGCCAGAAAGCCGCGGAGCGCAAGAGACAGCUGGCUGAGGAGCAGGGCGGUCGCAAGAGUAUUAGCGGUAACGACAUGACGCUGCUGGACGACGACCUGGAGACGCUGUACAGCAAGUUCCAAAAGGGCAGGGCGGACGCGAUCAAGGAGGAGGGCGGGGUGCAAGACGAGAAGGAGAGAGAGGACUGGCUUGCGCAGGAGAACAAGGCGGCGAAAGUCCGGCGGGAGGAGCUGAAGGUGCGGGCGCUCAACAGGAACGGGCGGGUCGACUACAGUAUCCAGGAGGGCGCGCUGGACUUCAACCCCAUCAACACCAUCGCCAGCCACAUGGCGUACUGGGCUGAUGAGGACGUCGCGCACUUCCUCGUGAGCCAGCUUUUGUCCAGGAAGGCGGAGGGCCGGGACAGGGAACGGAAGUAG